AUGAUUCAGCCACAAUUAAUUUUACUCCGCGAGGGUACCGAUGCCUCUCAAGGUAAACCCCAACUGAUCAGUAAUAUUAACGCAUGCAUGAACGUUGUUGACACGGUUAAAACGACACUUGGUCCCUGUGGGAUGGACAAACUGAUUCACAACGGCCGUGAGGUUAAUAUUUCCAAUGAUGGCGCAACGAUCAUGAACUUGUUGGAAGUUGUCCACCCAGCAGCCAAAUGCCUUGUGGAUAUUGCCAUUUCGCAGGACCAUGAAGUCGGUGAUGGGACAACUUCAGUCGUUGUACUCGCUGGUGAACUUUUGAAGGAGGCAAAAAACUGCGUGGAAGAUGGAAUCGCACCACAAGUGAUCAUCAAAGCGUUUCGUAAUGCAUUGUCCGUCGUAAUGGAGGCGCUUCAAAAGCUAUGUGUUCCGUUCGAUCCCAACGCAGAGGAAGGUCGCCGAAAUCUUGUGCGGUGUGCAGAGACUGCACUGAACUCCAAACUCAUCAAUACAGAGCGUUAUUUCUUUGCCAAGAUGGCAACCGAUGCUGUGUUGAGUCUCGACAACGACUUAAACCUCGAUAUGAUCGGCAUAAAGAAGGUACCUGGAGGCAGUAUGGGGGAAAGUAUUCUCGUUGACGGUGUCGCGUUCAAAAAAACCUUCUCUUAUGCUGGAUUUGAGCAACAACCUAAGAAAUUUCAGUGUCCCAAAGUAUUGCUCUUGCAUGUCGAACUAGAGCUGAAGGCGGAGAAAGACAACGCUGAAGUUCGAGUGAAGGACCCCAAACAAUAUCAGUCAAUCGUGGACGCUGAGUGGAAGAUUAUAUUCGACAAGAUGGAGAAGUGCGUUAGAAGUGGCGCCAAGAUUGUGCUAUCUCGACUUCCCAUCGGUGAUAUAGCAACCCAAUACUUUGCCGACCGUGACAUCUUUUGCGCGGGCCGUGUCGCCGCUGAUGACAUGGCUCGUGUGGCUUUGGCGACGGGUGGUGUUGUUCAGUCUACUGUAAGCAACAUCACUGAGGAUGUUUUGGGAAGCUGCGCACUCUUUGAGGAGCGGCAGGUUGGGCCGGAGCGGUACAACUUCUUCACAGGAUGCCGGAACUCGAAGACCGUAACAAUUAUCCUUCGGGGUGGGGCUCAACAGUUCAUUGAUGAGGCUGACCGCUCCCUUCACGACGCGAUAUGCAUCGUGAAACGGGCAUACAGGACUGGGUCCGUUGUGGGUGGUGGUGGCGCAGUGGAAAUGGAGCUCAGUAAGGUUCUUCGCGAAUAUUCGCGCACCAUCCGUGGGAAGGGGCAGAUGGUAAUCAGUGGUUUUGCGCGUGCUCUUGAAGUCAUUCCACGGCAGCUGGCGGAAAACGCUGGACACGACAGCACUGACAGCCUCAACAAGCUCCGUCAGAAGCAUCACGCGUCUGAUCAAAGCGGCAAGUGGUAUGGUGUUGAUAUCCUCCAUGGUGGUGUGUGUGACACAUUUGAGCGCUUUGUCUGGGAGCCAACACUAGUGAAGCGAAAUGCCAUUCAAAGUGCCACAGAGGCCGCCUGCCUCGUUCUCUCUGUUGAUGAAACCGUUACAAACCCAGAGUCAGAAGCAGGGAAAAAGCAGGCUGCCGCAGGUCGGGGUGGUGGUGCCAUGCCGGUCAGUAAGGCUGGCAUGGGCGGAUUAUUCAAAGGGGCUCCGGGCGUAACGAGGAUGAAGGGUCGUGCCGGCCGCUGA